AUGAGUCUGUUUUUAGAUUUGUUAGACCGCCUUCCUUUUUGCACAGGAAAAGAACGACUAACAGACAUUAAAGGCUUUACUGAGAAAUUUCAUACUAGGAAUAUGCUUCUUGCAGUAGAAGCUUUGUCUCUAGCAAGUAGGAAGCUUAAUAAGCAAAAUUCUCAAAAAGAAAGAAAGGGGAUAAAUUAUCAGUUACAUCACCUGCUGAAAGAAGUGCAAUUCCCAUCCCAGGGGCGGUUACUGAAAUAUUUUAAUGAAAAUGGAGAGUUUGUUUCACCCUAUCAGAUCUCAAAUUUCUAUGGAAAAUCCACUGAAUCUGUAGCUGAGACCAGAGUUGGACUGUACAUACCCUGGACUCGAUUAGACCAGAAACUCAAUAUCACCAUGGAAGCAAUCAAAUGGAAAACAACCAGUAACAAGGUCCCAAGAGCUCAAUGUUCAGACAACUGUCUCCCCGGCUUCAGGAAAAUGUCAAAGGCCGGAGUCCAGCUCUGCUGUUAUGAUUGUGUCCUGUGUUCCAUGGGAGAGAUCUCCAAUAUAACUGUUUCUGUUUUCUUCUUACUUCUUACCAUGCUGAUAUUGCGAGUUUUUAUUAUUUAUCGAGAAACUCCCAUUGGGAGAGCCAACAACAGGAGCCUGAGCUUCCUCCUCCUUGUCUCCAUCAAGCUGAGCUUCCUCAGUGUGUUUCUGUUCCUCGGUCGCCCUGUGGAUAUAACCUGCAUGCUGCGUAACAUCACUUUUGGAAUCACCUUCUCCAUAGCUGUCUCUUCUCUCCUGGCCAAGACUAUCAUGGUUUGUGUUGCUUUCAAAGCCACCAAGCCAGGGAGCUCAUGGAGAAAAUGGGUGGGAGUCAAACUGUCCAAUUCUCUAGUCUUGUUCUGCUCAUCCAUUCAAAUAAUAAUCUGCAUGACUUGGUUGGCCAUUUCUCCUCCCUUUCAGGAACUGGACCUUCACACUUACCCUGGAACCAUCAUCAUUCAGUGCAAUGAGGGCUCAGCUAUUGGCUUUUACUCAGUUAUUGGGUAUAUGGGGCUUCUGGCAGCUGUUAGUUUUGUUUUAGCAUUUUUAGCUCGGACAUUACCGGACAGUUUUAAUGAGGCCAAGUACAUCACUUUCAGCAUGUUGCUCUUCUGCAGUGUUUGGAUCACAAUGAUCCCGGCCUAUCUGAGCACCAAAGGCAAAAACACUGUGUGUGUGGAGAUAUUUGCCAUACUCACCUCAACUGCUGGACUUUUAUUCUGUAUAUUUCUGCCAAAAUGUUACAUAAUUUUGUAUAGACCUGAAAUGAACACAAAAUCUCAUUUACUUGGAAACAAGUAA